AGUUAGAAUAUAAUAUGGAGGAGAAAAGAGUGCAAACCAACUCAGUGACAAAGUAAUUCCCAGAUAAGUUGCUUUGUUUUGUGAGUUUCUUACUAGUAGCUGCUGUUCUCAUGUAAAACCUUUUUUUCGCGUCUACUCUUUGACAUUACUAUGGUUUAUUGUUCUGUACCACUUACAUGCCUGUAUUCUUCACUCUCUUAGUCAUAUACUUGCCUAAAGUCAAUAGAUUAUGAAGGAAGUAAGUUCUGAUAUGCUUGAGUUCGUACCUGAACGCUACCCACACCACACCUGUAUUUUUAAUUUUCUGUUUGCAGUGCAUUCAGCUUUACAUAGAUAGGCAAGCCUUAAAUAAUUAAGUGGCUUGCUGGUGAGUGUAGUCCAGCCAGAACUCUGGUACAUGAGGGACAGGUUCUUGGUAAAAAUUGCCUUUUUUGGAAGCACUGCGCUCUAACAGGCUCACUGAUGCGUCCUGUGUAAUUUUGUUGUAAUUGCUUACUCUUAGCAUGCAAUGCUCUCUGGAGUUAAUAGAAGUAGUCUAUUAACUCGUCUAGAUGUAGUGGAACAUUUCUCCACAGGUGGGUCCAGGAGAACCUGGGUUAACAUCAUUUGUGUUCCUUCAGAUGGUGGCAAGAUUUGGAAAUAAAAGCAAAAUUCUCACUUUGUAUCUUUCACUGUUAAUAGUGAGCAAAGCACUGUUGGGAACCUUCACCCCGAAUCAUGGAAUCAAGGCUUCCCAUGGCUGAAGUAGGAAACUUAACAAAUAGCAUUUUCGAUGUUUAUUAAAAUUACGUGUAUGUUUACAAGUCAAUACUUGGCUUCUAUGGUUCUUAGCUAAGUUUUAGCUACAGUGAUAUCCAAAAUCUGCCAAAAAUACUUCAGCUGCAAAUUAGUUUAUGUAAGAACGUGUUAAAACUGAAUUCUUCUGUUUUGAAUAGAAUGUGUCAGUUUUUUUCAGGAGGUGCUCUUCAAGAAGCUGACUUGAGAAUUUCUAACUAUGGCUGUAAGAGGGACUUAUCCACUGAGAUGAGCUCAGUUGGUUGGAGCAUGGUAUUGAUAAUGCCUAGGAUGUGGGUUUGAUCCCCAUAUGGGCCAUUCACUUAAGGGUUGGACUUGAUGAUCUUGGGGGGUCCCUUCCAACUCAGAAUAGUCUGUGAUUCUGAGAUACAUUAUUGUGCUGGUUUAGACAGCUGGUUUAGGGAACUAAACUCCAAAUAAGCCACUCUCUUUCCCCCUGCUCCUUUCAGUCAUGGAGGGACAUUAAGGAGAAAUUACAAGAUAACAAUUUACUAAAAUUGCAAUGACAUCAGCAGUGUUAAUAACAAAAAUUAUGCAAAAAGAAGGUGCCCUACCCACAAAAAACAGCAUUUACCACUGUGAAAAAAAAAUCCAGGUCUUCCUGAAGACAGUGCCUGCUGUGGUCUCCACACAAAAGCAAUAUAAUUACUGUUCCUGUAUCUGGGCCACGUGGUAUUUGAGACACAAAGGCAAUAUGUCAAGGAGAGUGUUCUCCCUCACCUCAGUCAGACAACAACAAAGGAGUAGGGCAAGCAAACCCCUUGGAAGCAAUCAUCGUGUUGUGCCACAGCGCUGCCUCAGACCACUCCGCUUUGCUGGUUUGAUUCUGCACAGCUGCCUCUGGCACUGAUGCUGCUCUACCCAGCUUGGCUCAGUCCCACAUGGCUGCCUCCAGCACCGGUGCUGCUCCACUUGGGCUCUUCUGGAGCUUGGGCUCUGUGUAGCUCAGCUGGGCUCAGCUCUGUGCCGCUGCCUCUCUCUGUUGCUUUUUGUUCCCUUGGAGUGGCAUCUCAGACUCAUCGUUGUUGUCCUUCAGCACCGUGUCUUAAAGCUGAGACCUGAAGGGAUGGGAAAGGGACUGACAGUGGCGGAGAGGGGCUGGAUCUGCUUGGCCAAUCCCAAUACCUUCUCCCUGGAGAGAUCCAGCAAGAUGGCAAACUUUGGUUUCCAUUGCCUGCCUACUCCUGCCAAAACUACGCCCCCAGCGAUGAAUGUGGGUGGUAUGGAAUAAACAGUGCUAAAAGCUCUAUCCCCUCUUCUCUUUAACCAGGGCAAUUAUAUAUACUUUAUUUGUAUUUUUCUUUUAAUUUAUAUUGUAGUAGAAUAUUGGGAACUACUUUAAAACCUAUAUCUGGAGUGUGUUCUGCUGUAUGCUUCUUAGUACACUUAAUGAUCCAGAUCAGGCACUGAGGUAAAUUAGAUAUUGAAUGCGGUGAGUCUUGCUUGAGAUUAUGUGGUGUCUCAGUCCCUGAUUCCAGAGGGAUCACUCACAGGUCUUCCAUGAUGUAAUUCGUGAAAAAAAGAGGCUCUUUUGUUAUCACAGGGUAGGGAUUAUUUUUGGUUAUCCUUUCCAGUUGAUGUUUGGAAACCACAUGAAAUAGUAUUAGUUACCUAGACAACUGCCUGAGAGCAGUAUCUCUGCAGGUAUUUAGGUUUUGAAUUACUGAUCUCCUAAACUUAAACAUCAGGAUGACAAAUACACAAACCAAGAUUUCUGACACUUUUCAGGACAGUGAAGCCAAAGCAACCUUGAUUAUGUUAGAUGUGACUUUUAUGAGACCUUACAAUAAACACAGAAGUGGAGCAAGAAAAGUUUCUGAAGUCAAAACUCUGAAGGCAAGUGAGGAAGAUCAUAGACUUCACAGUUUGAAAGCAGUUGCAAAGAUCUGUUUGGUAGCUCCAAAAAAAAAAAAAAUACUAAAGUGGCUAGUGUCACAAAUUCUGAUCUCUUUUCUUUUUUCUCUUAAAUCACAAGGCACUUCCUUGUCUUUGAACAUGUGAGAGUUUUUUGUUUGCUCAUGCACAGUGAAAUUUGAUAGCACAAAAGCCCUUUAUUAUAGAAAGUAAUUCUAAACCCAAGCACUGAAAACCAAUGAUAUCUUAUUUUAGUUACUUGCUAAAGCCUAAUAUAUUAUAUGCUUUCUUCUUCUAGCAAUGGCAGAUAAAAGUGGAGAUGCAAAUUUUUAGAAAAACGGGUGUUACGAGACAACAAAUCAUCAUCUGUAGGAAAGAGAGUAAGAAUCACACAGCACACAAGAAACUGCCCUUGAGACUUACAUUGCCACUCUUAUGCUUGAAGGGUUACAAGUUUUAAAUUGCAUUAAACAGGCUGUCUAUUUGUCACUGCAGUGCAAUUUUUGUAAGCAUCUGAAAAACUAACCCAUCUUUUUUUGCAUAUUUCUGUGUGGGACUAGAAUUUGGCCUGUGUGGAGCACAGCUUAGGAAUGACUCAGGAGAGUGGUUGGUUUUCUUAAAGAGAGUGGAAUCAGAUGUUCAGUGUCUGCACGAAUGAUGUGGGAAGGGAGGUAUAAAAUGAAAUGGUAAUUCUUGCUGGUGUGCUGAAUUAUUCACGGUAGUAAAAGUGAGACAUGAGGCACUGCACUGGCGUCAGGUGUUGGUAAAGCCAAGGUAAUGCAUGUGGAGGAGGAAAAGAGCCUGAUGUGCUUACAGAAGGACGGACUUUGAGCUGGAUAUUGCCAUUCAGGAAAAGAUCUUGCAAUCUUAACAGACAUUUACAGAGUCAGUGCAGUGCAUAGUAACAGUCAAAACAGUAAAUAAAAGGGCAGGAGUUUGUAGGAAAUGAAUAGAGAACAAAACAGAAGGCCCAAUUGUGCCACUCGUGUGUGUGGGGGCCAUCUCCCCAUUCCUUUCCAUCCCAAAAGGCAUUUUUUACAGGGGACAAUAUAGAGAAAAGUAGAAGGACAAGAAAAUCGACUCAGUGUGUGUCUCUGGGAGGAGUGAUUAAUGUGGCUUGGGCUCUGGAACAUGGAAAAAAAGGACAAUAGGAGAAUAAAAGUCUGUUUGGCAUAGGAAAAAUGAACAGAUAAUAGUUAUUGUUUCCAAUAAUUUAAGAACUAAAGGGCACCAAAUGAAAUCACCAGAGAGCAAGCUCAAAAUAAAAGAUAGUUUUCACAGUCUGUAAAAUUAAACUAUAAAACUAAUUGCUACACAUGGUAUUUCACAUCCCAACAGUUUAAAAAACUCAGAAAGUGGUUUGAAAAAUCCAGUUCAUUAAACACAAAGAUAUAAUUUCUGCCCCAGGAGGGAUCUGACUGAUCUGGAAGAUAACUGGAAUUUAGAAAAGUACAUCAGAAAAAUGCCAUCACACGCCUCAUCUAUUUUUAUGUUCUUUCCUGGCUGCUGUCAGAGAAGUGGUUGGGGGUGACCUGUGGUCUGCCUCAGGAUGGAGGGUUCUAUGAUACCAGGGUGUUUCUAGAACUGAAUUUUCUUGAGGUGGAUAAACUAGCUUUUAGUAUUUUAGUAAGUGCUACCCACAGCCUUUUUAGAGUGCCCUGCACAAUGGCUAAGCCAGCUCAGCAUGCAUUUGGACAAGGUCACUGUGGACUGCCACUACAAAGGACAGCCUGUGACUCCUCCUGUCCCUGGCUGAUCUACAAGGAAAUGAAACCACCACCACCUCACCCCCAAUGAGCACUUUUGCGGUGGUUCAGUUUGCCAGAUGUGCCCGUCAAAGGAGGCAGCGCAAACCCCCCUCCAUCCGAGCAGCAUCCCACGGUGGCAAUAGGUUAGUCAUUGGGCAAAAGCACACAGUCUGGUCCUUUCUGCAAAAAUCAGACCAAAAGGGUUUCGAGUUGUUUUUCAGAGGUUGUUUUUUUAAAGUGUCUUGUAAAAGAGCUGUGUGGGGUUUGAUCUGGUUUUCCUUUGGCAGUUGAACUGUUUUUCCCCGAUGGGUAGGGGUUUGACAUGGCAAAGAUCUUGUGAUCUGGCUGAUUAAAAAAGUGUGAAAUUUUCAUUUGCAAGUCCUAGAAUCAUCAGCAUUUCAGUGUCACCACUGUUGCUUUUGUUUACCAGCUUGCUUUUUUUAAUGGUUUAUGCCAAGAAAAAUGCUGUGUGUGAAGAUCUUAUGUAGUAGCUUUUUUUUUAUUGUGCUAUCCAACUAGAGUCCUUGCAGCAAGAAAUAAUAGGGAAGUUUGAGAUAUUCAGAAGAUGAUUUCUGUCAGUCUCCCGUGGAGUGCAGCACAAGUAGGAUUUUUGCAGAAAGACAACAUUAAUAUUUCAGGGUGAUGUUUGGCCUUCUAUGUCUGAGGCAGUGCUGGGGAAAACCAUGUGAUUUUAGUGGGUGUUGAGAAGUUGCUGUAUGCAGAAAUGCCUCCAGGGUUUUGUGAGCACAUCCCUGCAGGAGGCAGUCCCCAGUUACAGGACAGGCUCAGCUGAGCAACAGUUUUCAGCUAAAAAAGAAGCCAGUAAGUUUUUGGGGCUUUCCAAACUGUAGGUGUAGCACUGUGUGCAGACAUAGGUUGCAGCAGGCUUUGCACUCUCCUGACGGGAACAGCUCCUGCCUUUGCUUCGAGUGCAUGGCCUGAUCCAGCUUCACGGCGGGAGGACACAGAUGCAAGGGUGAAUGCUGGUUGUGUUGGGUGAAUGAAUGAGGUUGUUCUCUGGCUGGGUCAGACCCAGAGAAAGAUGGAUGGCUUGAGUCCUUUCCUGCUUCAUUCCCUAUUUCAUAGAGCAGCUGAAUUAUGUUUGUAGUUUCAGUGAGAAAAUGUCUCCCUCCUCUCUAUUUUCCUGGGAGCAGUCUGCCGCAGCCUUAACACUUGUGCUGCUUGUGCCCUAAGAAAUGAUACAGCAUGUGCCUGUGAAGCCAGAGAAAUUGUGCAAAAAAUACCUUAAUUGUAUACUUCUUCUGGAAUUUUAACUGGCAUAUUAUGACAAAGAUAGACCGAUACUCUGAACAGUGUUGUAACUCAAGGAACUCCCAACUCCCAUCCAAAUAGUCUCUCCCUCUGGAUUGCAGUCAUUUGAAUAUAGAUUGAAAUCGCGUAGCUGCUUUAAUGGAAAACAAAUGCACUCCCUGGCUUGCUGUGUUUGUGAUGUUCAGGCUCUGUGGGAGCGGUCUGGGCGGCUGCAGGCGCAGCGCGGCCAGGGCCAGGCAGCCAGGUUUUUGUUUCUUUUCUGGAACUUCCUCCCUAAGGGCACCCCAUGAUGUCAGAGAGCCGGGAGCUCGCGGCAGGCAGGCUGAGCGGCUGAGUGCGCUGCUGGCAGUUCCCAGCCAGGCUCGGCCUCAGAGGCACCGCCGGGAGCUGAAGGCAGCUGACAGCCUGUUCCUCUGAGCUGCGCGUAGCUCAGAGCCUCUUGUGAUCCUCCACCAGCCCUGUAGGACUGAGCAUCAUCACCUGUUAGAGGUCUGACGGCAGCAUGGUUGCCAGGGGGGCAAUGGCACGUUUUUGGAGUCUGGAAAGCCUUCAGAUGGUUGCUGCAGAUGGUGGGACUGAAUCUUCAGCCUUAGUGGAUGACAAUGGCAGUGAGGAAGAUUACAGCUACGAGGAGCUCUGCCAAGCUGCUCCCAGGUACCUGCAGCCCGGAGGGGAACAGCUAGCAAUUAAUGAGCUGAUAAGCGAUGGCACCGUCGUCUAUGCAGAGGCUCUCUGGGACCAUGUCACUAUGGAUGAUCAAGAGCUGGGCUUCAAAGCUGGAGAUGUCAUUAGAGUUCUAGAAGCUUCCAACAAAGACUGGUGGUGGGGAAGAAAUGAGGACAAGGAGGCCUGGUUUCCAGCUAGCUUUGUCAGGCUGCGAGUUAAUCAGGAAGAAGUGCCAGAAAAUUGUUGUAAUAUCCAGGACGAAGAACAAGAUUCAGAUAUUAGCAAGCAUCGCCAGAAAAUAGCUGAAAACAGGGAUCAGAUGAGAACCAACGUUAUACAGGAAAUUAUGAAAACAGAACGAGUUUAUAUCAAGCAUCUCAAGGACAUCUGUGAGGGUUACAUUCGGCAGUGUCGCAAACAUACAGGAAUGUUCACCACAGCUCAGUUAAGCACCAUUUUUGGAAAUAUUGAAGAUAUUUACAAGUUCCAAAGGAAGUUUCUGAAGGAUCUUGAGAAACAGUACAACAAAGAGGAACCUCAUCUAAGUGAAAUAGGGUCAUGUUUUCUUCAACAUCAAGAAGGCUUUGCUAUUUAUUCAGAGUAUUGUAACAACCAUCCCAGUGCCUGCAUUGAACUCUCCAGACUGAUGAAGCAGGGCAAAUACCGCCACUUCUUUGAGGCCUGUCGCUUGCUCCAGCAGAUGAUUGACAUUGCCAUUGAUGGUUUUCUUCUCACGCCUGUUCAGAAAAUCUGCAAAUACCCUCUGCAGCUUGCAGAAUUGCUCAAAUACACCUCUCAGGAGCACAGUGAUUAUAGCAACAUAAAAGCUGCAUAUGAGGCCAUGAAGAACGUGGCAUGCCUGAUCAAUGAGCGAAAACGGAGACUAGAAAGCAUAGACAAGAUUGCCCAUUGGCAAGUCUCUAUCGUAGACUGGGAGGGACCAGAUGUGUUAGCCAGAAGCUCAGAACUGAUCCACUCAGGAGAACUGACCAAAAUAUCAAAACAAGGCAAAAGCCAGCAGAGGACUUUCUUCCUUUUUGACCAUCAGCUUGUGUUCUGUAAGAAGGACUUGCUGAGAAGGGACAUCUUGUAUUACAAGGAUCGUAUUGACAUGGACGAGACAGAAAUUGUGGACGCUGAAGAUGGCAGAGACAAAGAUUUUAACAUCAAUGUCAAGAAUGCUUUUAAGAUAAUAAACAGAACAACAGAAGAGGUUCAUUUGUUCUGUGCAAAAAAACAGGAGGAUAAAAAGAGAUGGAUGGAGGCGUGUGAAAAUGAAAGGAGAAGAGUUCAAGAAGACAAGGAAAUGGGUAUGGAAAUCUCAGAAAACCAGAAGAAACAAGCCAUGCAGAAUGCCCGUAAGUCAAGGCAAGGAAAAAUUAAAGGUGUGAGCUAUAAUGGGUGUCCUGUGCCUCCUCCACACCAAACCCUUCAUCCCCUUCACCAGCGACACAUCACCGUGCCUACCAGCGUCCCACAGCAGCAGGUCUUUGCCCUGGCAGAACCCAAGCGGAAGCCAUCCCUCUUCUGGCAUACCUUCAACAAACUCACUCCCUUUAAAAAGUGAGAGGCCAAGGACCUGGAAGGACGUCAGCACAGAGGGGGAGACUCACUCCAGAGGAGGACCUUGGAGACACGGUCAAGCUUACUUGAGCUCAGCGAAUCUCCCGUUUCAGAGGCAGAACCAUGGGUUCCCUUGAGCCAGGAAUGCAGCCUUUGUUAAGAAAGAAGUUUGUCAGGGCUGCUCUGAGGUCCAUGUUGCCAAGUGUCAGCAUUGCUGAUGAAGAGCAGUCUCUCUUCUGACAAAGACAACUUGCUGUUACUCAGAAACAGCAGUAUUUGAUCUCUGUUUCUUAGUUAUGUUGAAGUAGUGAUGGAACCGUGCAGGUCAUUGUAACAUUUCAUUUUUCUUAACCUUAUAUUCAUGGCCAAAUUUUGGAUAGGGAGGAAUUUUUCUAUUGGGAUGUAUCAGCAAGGAGUCUUAGGAGAAUUUUCUCCUUUCUUCUGGAGCACUGAGCAUAGGUCACCCAUUAAAAUCAGGUGGAAAUAUCCCAUGUGAUUAACCAGCUAUUGCAGAAUUUAGUGGACCCUAAUCCUUCCUGUAUUUUUCUAUUACAUUGCCAAAUAGCAGGAGAACAUCCCGCAAGGCCUUACCAUAUUCCAGAUUGGAACAGGGAAAUUUUAUUCUGUCUUAUAGAAACACGAACAGAGUAUGAAAUGGACUGUAAAAAUGUGUGCAUUUAUUGCACACAAGUGGAAACACAAGGAGCCCAGGGCAUCUCAGAUUGAUUCAUUUCAGUCAGAGCAGAUGCAUGCAUGUAUGCUCUUCAGUGCAGAGCAUUCACAUCGCUUUUUCACUCAUUUCUUCACCUGGGAGACUCUUUUUUGUAUUUCCAAUAUGUUUAUUUCUCUGUGUAAAAAAUACAUUUUUAUUUUCUCACAGAGAUAAUGUGAAUGUACAAAAUCAGAGUUGAGACAUUACAUGGUGACUGCUGGCUAUGUUGCAUAUAUCUCAUGCUUUUUAUUCAUAUAGCUGGACUUAGAAAAUGAAUAAAUUGUAAUGUAAAUAUAAAAAUAUAUUGAAGCGGAUCCAUGCUUCUUGUACACAUUCAAUUGACAAUGGGUUUUGACCAAUAACUUCUUCAAGAAGAAAGAGAAAUCCUUACUGGAAGGGACAGAGAAAUCGUGUGGACCAGAGAUGGACUUUUGUCACGGUGUCAUCAGUCCCCAUUGGAAGAGGAAGAACCUGACUUGAUAAGGUCAGUUCUGGCCAGCAUAUGCAAUCCAUGAUUUGCAUUGCUUCAAUUCCUCUGUGGCGCGAAGUUGAUCUGGGAGAACAACUUUUAAAAAGCCACCAGGAAGAAAGAGGAUCCUGAUAUUUGUAGCACUGAUAGUUUCUGCUUGCUUGCUCUUAUCAAGGAUGACAAGACUGCUGGGAAUAUGAAAGGAAGUAAAGACUCAGUAUGACUCAGAAGUGAUUUGCUAUGAAUGUCUUUACAACACUUUAUCCUAUGCUGCUGAUUAGGGGCAUUACCUGAUGAUUAGGAUAGAUCCAAGGGUAUUCUUUGACAGUGGGCACAAUCAGCUUUGUCAUGGAUCUGUAAUAUAUGAAAAACAAACAAGGGGCUAAACACCAGGCAUUUUAACAACAAUGUAAAAAAGCCUUAUUUUAAAGAUGCAUUUGUUCCUGCUACUAUUGUUACCUCCAUAUUUUUAUUUAUCAUCAGUGUUGUGAAGCCCACUAUUAACUAGGUUUUGUGAUUUCCUAACUUUGUGGCCACUUCUGCAAAGCCCGGGUUUGUGGUUUUGAUUUUAAAUUACUUCUUUUUGACAACUGUACAUUUCAAAUGCCUUGUGUAUAUAGCUCAGCAAUAAGGCAAAGUCUGGUAUGCUCAGCCAAAUUGUGCCCUGCAUAGUAAAUUUCAUUGCUUGUGCUUUCCCAUAGCAAUGGGAGAUGAUGUAAACUAGUUAAGAACUGGAAGUACACACUGACAUUUGUAGUGAUCCAGCUGAAAGAAAAUGCACAGGGAAGUCAGUGGAAAAAGCUGAUGGUAUAUUUCUCUUGAUGCUUAAGCCAGCCAUUGCUGCUCAGAUUUUUAAAAAUAGGUAAUUCUAAAUGCUCGAUUUAAACACAAGGAGCAGACUUCCAAAUGCAGGCAUGGAUGCACACCCUUCCCCUCAAAUGAGUUAAGCCUUUUGCAUUUCUUACAUACCCAUUUUUUUGGGUACUUGCCUCUUUCAGGCCUGUAAACCAAUGAGAUGCAUGUACAGUGCGAGUGAAGAUGAUGUUUUUCAUAAUCACAUUUUGAAAGACUUGUUCUAAGUGCAAAAAAAAGGCUGAAGUUGGAUUGCAGUGCUCACCCAGAAACUUUGCUAGCUGGACCUGAAGACAUUAUGAGAUCCACAAUUACAUAUGUGUCUUGGCUGAAACCUGCUUCCUUCCAGCGCUCGGUUCUGUGGGGUACUGGAAAAAAAGGUUUGGGGAUUUUUCUUCUGACAUGUCAGUGCCCAUGAAGGCUCUUCCCAUGUAUUAGCGCUGGUGCCUUAGCCCUAAAAAUGAACAGAAAUGUUUGCAUAUGGUUUUGGAUGCAAUAGGUUUUUUUCUCAAGAAGUGAAUUUUAAAGAUAUAAAAAGAAAGUAUUUCAUGGUGCAGAUUACUCAGGACAGUUUUACAUGUAGUACCCUUCACGUAGACAUGGUUGUUUUGUAAUGCUCUCUCUUUCUUUGCAAUAUGACCUUGCAACAGAUUUAAGAUGGAAUACAGUAAGACAGGCCAAAUUUAUACUAUGCCAUAGUCUUUUAAACAAAUUAUAGUGAAAUGAAAACACACAAUUAUAUUAUUCAACAAUUAAGACAAAUAUUUACUUGGGAGUUAGCCUCACUUCAGAGUCUGUGGGAAGGAGUUGCAACUUAAAUGUAGAAGUUUGAACUCUAGCAACUCUUGCCCUGAUUCUCCUUCUAGUGACCAAACUUAUAUAUAGAUCAUCAGAAAGCUGUGAUGGCAACAUCUGUUCUUUUCCACUUGCAUGCUUUAAGGUACUAUAAAAAAUUCUAGGGCAACAACUAAGAACAUUUGUGCCUCAUUUUGAUAAAGCCCAGCCGGAGCCUUCCUGAUGGCCUGCUGAGCAGAUAACCUCAGACUUUUUGCAUGAGAUGCAGUAAAUAUAAUUGUCCUCAAAUGUGUUCCCACUGAGUUAGGAAAUGCCAAACCAUAAUUGCAUCCAACUCAGAGCAUUUGAUGUAUAAAAUAAUAAGAUUGUUUUACAAGUGGCUCUUGCCAUGCUAAAUUUCACAUUGAAUUUUAGUGGUCAGCGUAAGAACUGAGUUCAAAGACAGACUUCUCAAAUGUUCCACAUUUUAGUUGUCUUUUGGAAAUAAUUAUAUCACAAUUUUGGAGCCAAAGGUCUUUAGCCAUAACUAACACAGUACCUUUCUCUGACUGCCUUUUUUUCUAUAUGUGUGGCAUUUGUAUGCAGCAGAUGCCUUCUAAACGAUCUCUAAUUUAAAACUCUUUGUUGUAAAUACUAGGGAUAACUUGCAUAUAUUUUUUAUUUUGGUAAUUGUUUUGUAACAUUAUAUCUUCCAUACAUUGCUUUGUGCAUCUCACCCUGUGUGUGUGCUGUUACACGGGUUUUAAAUGAAGUGUCUGGCUGCAGAGCAGAGAAAUUGGCUGUUGACAGCUAAAGUACAAUGUAUAGGACAGCAGUAGCUUGAUGUGCAUUUCUUCUGGAGUAACUGCAUUGCAAGGUUUAUUUACUCUUUGAAUGUUGUUUGUCAAAUGAAUCUAUUUUCUGGAAAUAAGUACAAACUUACAUUCCUAUUAUUUUUCUCUUAUUGUACAUGGUUGAAUUAAAUAAUAUACAAAGCUGAA